AUAAGAGAUUUCUGUUCAGUCAAGCGAUGGAUGCGUUGCUUCUGCUCCUUGAUUAUCAUCUUCCUAUCUGCAUCUUCCACACCUUUGGAGGCUAGCAAUAACUACACCCUGUCUUUGCAGCAACGGAAUCGCCACAAUGAAGUGAUGGCACUAUUGAUUUUCAGGCAUAAAUCUGUUGAUGCUGAUCCUAAACGUUUCCUAGGUGAUUGGAGCUCAGAAUCAUUAAGUCCAUGUUCAUGGCGAGGUGUCUUCUGUUCUCCCCAUGGAAGAGUUAGCAUGCUUAACUUCACUGCUGCUGGUCUGAUUGGUCAUUUGCAUAUUGAUGAUCUCGUAGCCCUAGAAAGUCUCCAACAUCUCCACUUGAGUGGAAACUCAUUCUCUGGCAAUCUCUUCCUCAACAAGGCUUCGUAUUCGUCCUGCGUUAUUGAGACACUUGAUUUGUCAUUCAAUAAUUUAUCAGUGCCGAUUUCUGGAACAUUUUUCGACUCCUGUGACCAUUUAACUUCUUUCAACCUUUCAAAUAACUUUAUCCCAGGAGGUAGUUUCGACUUUGGCACUUCUCUUGUAGAGCUUGAUCUCUCAAGCAAUCUGAUUUCAGAUUCCUCAGUAUUGGACUACUCUCUUUCAAGUUGUCAGAAUGUGAAGCUGUUGAAUCUGUCACAUAAUAAAAUAUCUGGGAAACUUGUUAAUCUCUCGUCUUGCGUGAAUUUAUCAAUUUUGGACCUCUCUGAUAACAUGUUAUCUGGAGAGAUCCCUGUUGCUCUCUUUUCAGAUUUCUCCAGGUCCCUUAAGUAUUUGGACCUUUCCCACAACAACUUCUCUGGUAAUUUCUCAAUGCUUGAAUUCAAGAACUGUGCUAAUCUUGAGACUCUAAACUUGUCUAAUAAUGUUCUUUAUGGCAUUGGAAUUCCUCAAAGCUUGAUCAACUGCCAGCUUCUUGAGAACCUUGAUGUCUCCCGUAACAAGCUGCAAGAUAAAAUUCCUGCUGCUUUGGGAAAAUUGGGAAAUUUGAAGCGCCUGAAAUUAGCACACAAUAACCUUUCUGGUAAUAUCCCCCCAGAACUGGGUUGGACUUGUGGGACACUAGUAGAGCUCGAUCUUUCAGGAAAUAAAAUUUCAGGGGGGUUUCCUGAGACAUUUAAGUCAUGCAAUGCCUUGCAAAGGCUCAACCUUGGAAACAAUCAACUUUCAGGAAAUUUCCUUUCUGCAGUCAUUAGCACUCUUCCUAGUCUACAAAUCCUCCAAAUUCCAUUCAACAACAUUAGUGGUUCCAUUCCUCUAUCACUUGGAAACUGUAAGCUUCAAGUCCUUGACCUUAGUUCCAAUGCCUUCACCGGAGAUAUACCCUCGGGGCUUUGUUCCUCUAAUUCAACCUUCUCUUCCUCUCUACAACGAUUACUCCUUGCAAACAAUUUUCUUUCAGGAACAGUACCUUCAGAUAUUGGAAACUGUAAGAACUUGAGGACAGUUAAUUUUGCACUUAACCAUCUAAGUGGAUCCAUUCCAUCAGAAGUGUGGAAGCUACCAAAAAUUUAUGACUUCGUUAUGUGGGGAAAUAACUUCUCUAGCGAAAUUCCAAAUGACAUAUGCUUUGGCACAAGCAACUUGGAGAAGCUUAUUCUCAACAACAAUCUCUUCAGAGGAAACUUUCCGGUAUCACUCACCAACUGUACAAAUCUUACUUGGUUGUCACUAUCAUUUAAUCAGCUAACUGGAAAUAUUCCUGCUUCUAUUCAGAAUCUUCAAAAACUCAGUAUUCUGCAGUUAAGUUCUAACUCAUUUUUUGGGAAUAUCCAAACCAAGCUUGGCAGUUGUCAAAAUCUCAUGUGGCUUGAGUUGAGUAGUAAUCAGUUUACAGGUCAAAUUCCAUCAAAACUUGCCAACCAAACAAGCUUGGAUCCCAUGUUCACUUACAAAGGGGGGUUUUUAUUUUUGAGAGACAAAGGAAGAAGUGAUUGUAGAAUGCGCAAUACUUUAAGUUAUUCUGAGGGAAUCAGUGGAGAAAGCUUGCAGAAAAGUUUGGAUUCUAAUUCUUGUUCAUCAAUAAUAGUGUAUAGUUGGCCCAAUCACUUGUUCAAAAGCGGUAAUGGCACCAUUUUAUUCUUAGAUCUUUCUUUCAAUCGCCUUUCAGGAACUAUUCCUGACGGCCUCGGUUUAAUGUCUGACUUGCACGUUUUAGAUUUGGCACACAACAGAUUAACUGGAUCUAUUCCAAAAACCUUUGGGAGUUUGAAAGAAGUUUGCUUGAUUAACCUGUCUUAUAAUCAUCUUGAAGGCAUGCUUCCAGGAUCAUUGGGGCAAAUCUCAUUUCUCUCUGACUUGGAUGUCUCGAAUAAUAAUCUCACUGGUCCUAUACCUCCAUCAGGUCAACUUACAACAUUUCCAGCAUCCAGAUAUGAAAACAAUCGAGGCUUAUGCGGAAUCCCAUUGCCCCCUUGUGGCUAUCAGCCUGGAACAGACCCCAUCAGUUCCGAGCAAUCUCAAAAAGGAAAAAACCAUUCCAUACUGAGUAGCUUUGAAUAUUGGAUGUGGGUGAUUGCUUUCAUGGGAUACAUUGCCGGUGUAUCAAUUGGAGUUUGUGUUGGAAAUAUUAUGUUUCAAGACACAGAGGAAUGGUUCAGUAAAACAAAGCUUAUGAUCAUCUCAAAAUGCAGAAGAAUCAAAAAAAGCUGGAGGAUAAUAGACAGAGAACAUCCAUGACAGAAUGGGAAAGUGGAAUACAAAUUAGGAUUUUGUAAGGGACUUUCUUGCUGUUCAAGAAUCAAACAUAUCCAGAGGGGUGGUUGCGCUCUUAGUCCUCUUGGGAGGUUGCCCGAAAUUUGACAGUGGAAAAUCAUCUAUAUUUGGCACCUAAAUAAUA